AUGGUGACAGCUGCAGAUAUCUCCUUCAAAGACAGUGAGCUACUGUUGACCAAGCAGAAGGCAGCGUUUACUGAAGUGUCCCAGCAAGGUGAAACAGACUUCUUUAUCAUCUCUUUAGUAGCAGGUGCUACUCACACCUGCAUGCUGAAAGUUCAGCUUUUAUGGAACUAUACAACAGGGAGAUGGGACAAGGUGUACAUCGAUGGUCCUUCAUUUAAUGCAUUUCUGGCCCAGAAGUUAGAUUCCCUGCUAAUAAGGAUCACAAUUUUACAAUCCUUAUUUUUAACAUCUGAGGAUUAUGACAUGCAAUCAAAUGGCACUCCAUUGCCCAUAGACUGCAGAAUGAGCCCCUGGAGUGAAUGGUCGAAAUGUGACCCUUGCCUGAAACAAAUGUUUCGCUCAAGGAGUAUUGUGGUCUUUGGACAAUAUAAUGGGAAAAAGUGCCUCGACACUGUGGGAGAAAGACAGCAGUGUGAACCCACAGAGAUCUGUGAAGAUGAGGAGGAUGACUGUGGAAAAGACUUUAAAUGUGGUACAGGCAGGUGCAUAAAGAGGCGACUUCUGUGUAAUGGCGACAAUGACUGCGGAGACUUUACAGACGAAGAUGAUUGUGAAAGUGAUCCCCGCCCCCCUUGCCGCGACAGAGUGGUGGAAGAGUCCGAGCUAGCACGGACAGCAGGCUACGGGAUCAACGUCUUAGGGAUGGUUCCCCUAACCUCACCUUUUGACAAUGAGUACUACCAUGGACUCUGUGACCGCGUUCGAGAUGGAAACACCUUGACCUACUACCGAAGACCCUGGAACGUGGCUACUCUGGCCUUUGAAACCAAAGUUGAUAAAAAUUUCAGAACUGAACAUUAUGAAGAACGAGUUGAAGCAUUCAAAAUUGUCAUGAAAGAGACAACAUCAAAUUUUAAUGCAAGUGUAUCUCUAAAAUUCACACCUACUGAAGCACUUGGGCUCUGUAAAAGUAGACAGAAAGGAUGCCCUAAAGAAGCAGAAGUUCCAGAGAAUAAUACUUCCCAGGGCUCAUUUCGAUUUACAUAUUCCAAAAAGGAAAUUUACCAACUGUUCUUGUCACAUUCUUCUCAGAAGGACAAAAUGUUUCUGCGUGUGAAAGGAGUAGUUGAUCUGGGAAGAUUUGUGAUGAGAAGUCGGGAUGUUAUGCUGACACCAACUUUCUUGGAUGAUUUAAAAGCUCUGCCAACUACCUAUGAAAAGGGGGAAUAUUAUGCAUUUUUGGAAAACUAUGGAACCCACUACAGUAGUUCUGGGUCUCUAGGAGGAUUCUAUGAACUAAUAUAUGUUUUGGAUAAAGCUAACAUGAAAGAGCAAGGUAUUGAACUAAAAGAUGUAAAGAAAUGCCUCGGGUUUAAUGUGGACUUAUCUGUGAAUUUUGGAGUUGAACUCAAAGGAGAUAUUGAUAAAAAUGAUUGUUUAAAAAGGGGUGAUGGUAAAACUGUAAACAUCACAAAAGAUAACAUCAUAGAUGAUGUUGUUUCACUCAUAAGAGGAGGAACAAAAAAAUAUGCAUUUGAACUGAAAGAGAAACUUCUCAAAGGACCCAAAACGGUUGAUGUGACUGACUUUGUAAACUGGUCCUCUUCCUUAACUGAUGCUCCAGUGCUUAUUAAUCAAAAGCUGUCUCCUAUAUAUAAUCUGAUUCCAGUGACACUAAAGAAUGCAUACCCAAAAAAACAAAAUUUGGAAAGAGCCAUUGAAGAUUAUGUCAAAGAAUUCAGUACAUCGAAAUGCCACUCAUGCCAAAAUGGGGGUACAGCGGUCCUGCUAGAUGGAUACUGUUUGUGUUCCUGUCCAGUCACAUUUGAGGGAAUAGCCUGUGAAAUCGAUAAGCGAAUUCUUUCAGACAAUCCAUUGUUGAGAGUUUCUGAUGUUAUCAGAGAGAAGUUUAUCACAGUAACUCCUAAGAAUCUUUGCAUCCUUGUGAAUUUUGUCAAACAAGAAAAGAGUUGGGCCUCAAUCAGACCCCCUCAGGUCAGCUUAAUACUUUCUCAGAGUACCUUCUACUGGAAAGCGGGGCAACUGUGUAGGUUCACUGUUGGCAGUGAGAUCCUCCAACGUCCCUCGAAGGUAGCACAUCUGGUAGAGCAUUUCCAGCAGGGUGCACCAUUGAGACACCAGAAAUUACCCAACAGGAAUCAGCAAAGAAGAAAAUCUUUAGACCUGAAUGAGGAAGAAUCACCUGAAAUUGGGGUAGAUGAGGAUCUCCAGGCUGCUGAGUAUAAUAUAACUCAACCUGGAUUGUGA